GUUGCUCGAAGGCGCGAGGGUGGCAGUUCGCGUUCGCGUGAGGGCGACGGCAAUGGCAAUGGCAAUGGCGGCUGUGGCGGCGGGUGGGCCGAGAGGGCACGGCGGGAGAGACCCGGCCGUCGCUGCGCUGAGCCUGGCGCUGCUCCUCGGGGCCGCGUUGGGCUCUUCCCGGGCUACGGUGUAUUUCCAGGAGCAGUUUCUGGAUGGAGCCAACUGGCAGAAGAGGUGGGUGAUUUCGGAGUCCAGGGCAGACCUUGGGAAGUUUAAGCUUGCUGCAGGGAAGUUUUACGGAGAUCCAGUGCGAGAUAAAGGUCUACAAACCAGUGAAAACUCUAAAUUUUAUGCUAUCUCCUCACGAUUUAAACCAUUUAGUAACAAAGGGAAGAUUCUGGUCAUUCAGUAUACUGUGAAACAUGAGCAGAAUAUAGAUUGUGGUGGAGGAUAUGUUAAGAUUUUUUCCUCAAACUUGGACCAGAAGAACCUAAGUGGAGAUUCACAUUAUUACAUCAUGUUUGGGCCAGAUAUUUGUGGAUCUGAGACAAAGAAAGUCCAUGUUAUUUUAAAUUACAAGAAUAAACCCCAUCCAAUCAAGAAACCAAUCAGAUGCAAGGUUGACGGAUAUACACAUCUAUACACUUUGAUUAUAAGGCCAGAUCAGACUUAUGAAGUAAAAAUUGAUAAUGAAAUGGUUGCAUCUGGCAACUUAGAAGAUGAUUUAGAAUUUUUGCCACCGAGAAAAAUUAACGAUCCAGCAGUGAGGAAACCCAUUGACUGGGAUGAUCGAAUCCAAAUAGAUGAUCCAAAUGACAUCAAACCUGAGGACUGGGAUGAACCUGAAUAUGUUAUGGACACUAGUGCUGAGAAACCUGAAGAUUGGGAUGAUGGUGUGAAUGGAGAAUGGCAUUAUCCUAUGGUCAAGAAUCCUCUAUACAGAGGGGAAUGGAAACCAAGGCAGAUUGAUAAUCCAAAUUAUAGAGGAGUUUGGCCUCAUCCACAGAUUGACAAUCCAAAUUACUCGCCAGACUUCAGUAUCUACAGCUAUGAAAAUAUUAGCGUCAUUGGACUAGAUAUCUGGCAGGUGAGAGCUGGCACUAUUUUUGACAACUUCUUGAUAACAGAUGAUGAAGUUUAUGCAGAAGAUUUUGGCAAUGAAACAUGGGGAGAAACAAAGGGUCCUGAAAAGGAAAUGAACAUAAAGCAGACUGAGGAAGAGCAGGAGAGAGAAAGGGUUACAGAAGAAAAAUACUUUGAGCAACGGUUUAAAAAAAAGCUAGAGAGCAAAAAAGAAUCUGGAAAGGAUAGAACAGUGAGGAACACUGUCAAGAAGGAAGAGCUGUAACUGUUACUUGAAAGAACUUCACAUUUUUUUCACUUAAAUCACUUGGGGAUUUUUUCAUUUAAGGAUUUUGAUAUUUUGUUAACAGCUUGUUGAACAGAGCAUGAAUGGAGUUGUAUUAAAACAUGAUUUUUUUUUUUAAAUUCAACAUUGAAUGUUAUUACUAGUUUCCAUUAUUUUUAUUAGUACUGUAAUACAGUUAAUAGAAAAGGUUAGGAUUUUUAAUUAACUGUAUCUUCACACUGCUGAAAUUUAUUAAAACCACUUGUAAUAAAGCACUUAGUUUUGGAACUGUUUUACACUUUGACGGUUUAAUAAUAAAUGUAAAAUUGAUGCUCAUUUUUGUGGAGGAAAUAUCAUAAUAAGCUUUUUACGGUAUUUCAUUA